AUGACGAUGAAAUUAAAGAAUGCGAUUUGUAGACAUAUUUUUAGGUAUGAAAAAAACAAAUAUGCAAUUUUUGUGCUGCAACCAACAAAUUUUUCAACGCUAAAAAGGUAUACUACAAAAAACAAUGAAUAUAUGAACGGCAAGGUAAAAACAGCAUAUAUAUUAAAACCUAAAAAAAAUAAUUUUUCUUAUGACCAAAAAAAUAAUUUGAUAGACAAUGACAUAUUUUUGAGAAAAUCAGCUGAUAAUAAAGACAAAAUAAACAAAGAAAUGUACAAAAAAUUAAACACAAAGAUAAUUGAAAAUAGUAACUUUUUUCAAAAUGACAAAUUAUUUUAUAAUUAUAUUACAUGUAAAGUUGUUCGAGAGGUAAAAAACCUCAAUUAUAUAACUAGCGAUUUCUUUUAUCAUUUAAACAAAUUUCACAUUAAUUUUAUUAACAAUAAUUCAAAUUUUUUUUUUUUAAAAUUUACCAAGACAUGCAAAAUAUUUUUUGGUGUGCUAUUUAGCUUUUCAUUACUUUUGACAUUAUUUUUAGUAUCCUCAUCAAAUUAUUUAGAAUAUAAUAUUAUAUUAAAAUAUCACAUAAAAUUUCACUCAUUACUUUUUUCAUUUUUUUCGGCAUAUUAUUUAGCUCUACAAAUAGGAAAUUAUUAUUUUAAAAAUAAUUUCCAUUAUAUAUAUACCCUCACUUUUUUAGUUAAUUCUGUUAUUUCUAUGUUUAUGGCAGAUUAUAAUAUAUGGGGUUCUUAUUAUUUUUUAUCCUUAAAUUAUUUAAGUUGUUUAGCAAUUAAUUAUUGUAACAUAUUUUUAAAAACAUUCCCUAUACAAAUAUUUAGGAAUACCAACAAGCUUAUUUUAUUUUCCCUUUUGUCCUCUUAUUUAGCAGUAAACAAAGGAAAAUAUAUCGAGAAAAAUAUUGAAUUGUUAAAUGAUGAAGAUGUUGAUAUUAGAUCAUUUAAAUUAUUUAAAAUACUACCUUACUUUUUAUAA